GCAACUUCCGCUCCAGAUCGACUUUCGUGCACUUUUGUUCGAGCAAAUUAAUUUGUUCCACUAAUUAAUUCUUCCCGAAUUAGUUGCGAACGGAUUGAAACCUCGACACAGUGCGUCCUUCACUACUUUCAAGAAGUAAAACAUCAUUUCAAUCUUCGUGUGCGGAUAAACUCGUCUUGGUGGUGCACGUCGAAGCUUCUCGGCCUAGUUAGCUUAGCUUAGCUCGCUAGCCGCUAACAAAGUGACGCGUUUGUCAGCAACGCAUCGCAAAUUCGAGAUCGCCUGUGAUGAUCGUGUGCAAAAUCUGUGCGAGAACGACAGCAAAGUACGAGAAGGAACUUUCUGGAACGAAAGAGGAGGACGAGCCACGACGUCAACUUGUGGACGCUGUUCGCAUGCAGCCUCGUGUUGUGUUACACGCAGCAGUGUUGCGAUCGGCGUGUGAAAAUGUGUGCAAGAAGGACAGCAGAGUACGAGGAGGAACUUUGGGGCCCAAAAGAGGAGAAGGAGCCACAACGUCAACUGCUGGACGCUGCGUUCAAUCUGCAGCCUCGAAUUGUGCUACGCAGAGCAGACGUCAGUGAAUAUCUUCUUCCUGAGCGGCAGCAGUCAGUGUCCCCUCACAUCAAAGAGGAAGAGGACGAGGAAGAGUUCCUUCACAUGAAAGAGGAAGAGCAGGAGAAAAUCAUCAAGGUUCCAUCGACUGGUGUCCCUUUGAAGAGUGAAGAUGAAGGUCGAAGUGAGGAGAGACGAGGGGCGGAGCCACCAAACAGCAACAGCUCAAGUAAUGGAGACCUCUGUGGAGGAUCACAAACAGACGGUGAUGAUGAUGAUGAUGAUGUUGAUGAACAGUUGGAAGGUGAUAUGACAUGUCACACUGCCAGUAAAUGCUGGAAAUGUUCUAAAUGUAGGAAAACCUUUGCUUCGAAGAGCAAUUUCAAACAACACAUGAAAAUACACACUGGAGAGAAACCUUUUGCAUGCUCAGUUUGUGGUCAAAGAUUCUCCCUAAAGGAAAACUUAAAUAGACACACAAGAACCCACACUGGUGAGAAACCUUUUGCAUGCUCAGUUUGUGGUCAAAGAUUCUCCCAAAAUGAAAGCUUAAAAAUACACACAAGAACCCACACUGGAGAGAAGCCUUUUGCAUGCUCAGUUUGUGGUCAAAGAUUCUCUGUGAAGAGAUACUUAACAAUACACACAAGAACACACGCCGGUGAGAAACCUUUUGCAUGCUCAGUUUGUGGUGAAACUUUUUCUCAGAAGGGAACCUUAAAAAGUCACACAAAAACGCACACCACAGAGAAGCGUUUUGGCUGCUCAGUUUGUGGUCAAAGGUUCACUCACAAGGGACAUUUGACACGUCACGCAAGAACACACACUGGAGAGAAGCCUUUUGCAUGCCCAGUUUGUGGUCAAAGAUUCUCCCAAAAGGGAAACUUAAAAAUACACACAAGAACACACACUGGUGAGAAACCUUUUGCAUGCUCAGUUUGUGGUCAAACCUUCACUCAGAAGGGAACCUUAAAAAUACACACAAGAACACACACUGGUGAGAAACCUUUUGCAUGCUCAGUUUGUGGUCAAACCUUCACUCAGAAGGGAACCUUAAAAAUACACACAAGAACACACACUGGUGAGAAACCUUUUGCAUGCUCAGUUUGUGGUCAAACCUUCACUCACAAGGAAAGCUUAAAAAUACACGCAAGAACACACACUGGUGAGAAACCUUUUGCUUGCUCAGUUUGUGGUCAAAGAUUCUCCCUCAAGGGAACCUUAAAAACACACACAAGAACACACACUGGUGAGAAACCUUUUGUAUGCUCAGUUUGUGGUCAAAGAUUCUCUCGUAAGGCUUGGGUAAAGCCACACAAGUGUCCUGGUGAGACAAGCAGUGAUCAAGAAGCUUUUAAUGCAAAUGUAAAUGUUUAAUAUAUAGACUAUGUGACUGACAUAAAUCUACAUCCUUGUAUUCUGUGUACCAGCUUUUAUUGCAUGUAUCUUCUUCUUGUCCAUAUAGUUUCUAAAAGCCCAGUGAGUGUUGAGAAUGAACGCUGUUGCCAAAAUACUUAAGUUAAAGGUGGUGGGAAAGAGGAUGGCUGUGGAUCAGUAGAGCGGGUCGUCCAGUGACCGAAGGGUCGCCGGUUCGAACCCUGGCUCCGAUUGUC